GCGACGGAAGCGGAACGGCAACGGUACGCGGAAUUGUCGCGGUUUGUACUAAAAAAAAAACCGCGACCAUUGCCGCGUAUUCAAAACGCAAUGAACAUCAGCGGUUAGAGCGCGGUUAGCGUUUGACAUUUCCUUGUUGACAGAUUUUGAUCAAAAUCAAGCGAUUUUCCUUUACCAAAACUCAACGUAGUGAAUAUUUGCAAGGCAACGCAAUACAUUCCUUGGCCAAUACAGCAAUAAUAGGGAAUAGUAUUGCAAAUUUUUAGGAAGUGUUUACUCAGAAUAAACUAGAAAAAGUGCCAUUGUGUUUCCCAGUGAAAGUAGUCGGUAUGCCAACAAACAUUCUCCUUGCCCUUAAGGCAAUCCAAACCAUUCGACGAGUACGGGAGCUUCAGAGCCUGCGAAGCAGGAGUGAACGGCGUUGGUGGGUACGACCAUCGAACCAAAACAGAUUCACGGAGGGAUUUUAUGAAACUGCAUUCCCGCUGAUGAGAGAACGUGAUCCGGAAUAUUUUUUUCGUUGUACGAGAAUGUCGCCAUCCGUCUUCGAUAUGCUGCUAGGCAGAAUCAGACACAGGCUUGAAAAAUUUUCAAUUCGAACACCGAUAUCACCGGAGUGCCGGCUGUUCUUAACCCUGACGUAAGUUGUAAAUUUACAAACCUGUUUAUUCUAUCUAUAUGCGAGUUUAUUAAACUACAGAUACUUAUCGGGUGGAUCCAGCAUCUUUUGUGUUUCGAGACUCUUUCGACUUGGUGUCACAACGGUAAGAGAAAUAACGCAAGAAGUGACAGAAGCGCUGUGGGAUGAGUUGAAAGACUUUUAUCUGCCAGAAGUAGAAGAACAAAAGUGGCAACAUUACAGUACGGAGUUUGAGACACGUUGGAAUCUACCGCAUUGCUGUGCUGCUGUCGAUGGUAAACACGUGUCCAUAACCUGCCCACCCAAUUCGGGAUCAUUAUUCUACAAUUAUAAAAAGCAGUACUCCAUAGUACUGAUGGCUAUGUGUGAUGCCAAUUACAAUUUUAUUGGUGUUGAUAUCGGAGCUUACGGGGGAAAUGCUGACGGAAGCGUUUUCUCUAACAGCAUUUUUGGACGUCGCUUAUUACACGGGGAACUAGGGCUACCACAACCCGCUGCACUAUCAAAUGGGGAAGUGAUUCCCUAUUUCAUAGUGGGAGAUGCAGCGUUCCCAUUGAAAGCAAAUUUAAUGCGGCCUUACCCUGGAAGAAAUUUGGAAGCGAUCAAAGAAAAUUUUAACUACAGACUUUCCAGGGCACGCAGGACUAUUGAAAAUACUUUUGGGAUUUUGGUGGCUCGCUGGAGGAUCCUAUUAGCACCUCUUCAUUUACAACCGAUUGCUGCAGAAAAUAUUAUAAAAGCAACCGUCGUGCUGCAUAAUUUUGUAAAAAGUCACGAGGGACAACAGUAUGCACCACCCACAUUUGUAGAUCAAAUUGGACAAAAUGGUGAAAUCAUACCAGGUGAGUGGCGAUCACACGUUGAUCCCCUCGAAGGAAUCAGCGCAGAUUUCAUCCAGCGAGGAAACAAUGCAUCUAGAGAUGCAUAUUUCGUGCGCGAUGCUUUGGCAAAAUACUUAUUAGAAACAUGAUUUCGUUAGCUAUAUUAUCACAAAUAUAAUUGAACUACGCUUUAAAAAUAAACAUUUAUAAUUAGUUGAUUUCAAAAUGGAAUCAUAAUAAACAUAUUUUUAUGUAAGAUGAAAACCCAUACCGACUUACCCCAGCGCAAUCCGGAUUAAAUCUGGUGUUAAGAUCUAGGUUGCUCGCAUAUCCAUUGCUACAACUAGAAGAAUAUACGGUUUUUUGACGCAUAAAGCAUCAAAAUCAGUCCACUCUAUUUAAAAGAAAUGAUUUUUUAAAACAAAAUAACGUCAAAAAUCCCCACCAGAUACUUUAAAGUCACUUUUAUACCAUUAAAGACGCUUUUUGGUUUUGCGUGUAAUAACUUUGUUUUCAAACCCAGUUAAGUUCAGCCGGAAAUGAACCGGAGUUCUGGCUGGUUCCAGUUCGUAUUCCGGCUCCAGUGAC